AAAAUUAUUUCCAAGCAGUCUGAAGACGAGGUCUGUCAUAAUUUAAAAUAACGCUUUACGUCGAACAUCAACGCAAAACGUAACUUCAAUAAUGAAAGAAAGAAGACCAUUUGGAUCCCAUCGAACAUAUUUAGAUUUUUCCCUUGCGUUUUUAAAAAUAAUCGGAAUCCUUGAUUAUACUCCGACCACAUUAUUUUUGCGUAUUAAAGGCAAUGUGAUCAAGGCAUUCAAUUGGGCAAUUGCAUUAUGCGUUACAACAUCGCUAGCUGCAGAUGUCUCUCAAAAUUAUAGUGAUUUAGAAGCGCUUACAAAUGACGUGGGAUAUUUAUUUCCAAUGCUUGGAAUACUUUUGAAAACUCUUGCAGUCAAUCUUGGUCAAAAGAAUAUUAUUGGAUUGAUAGAAGCCGUUCACGCACCGAUCCUAAAACUACGCUAUAGUUCAGAACUUGGUGUACUAACAAAAAUCAGAACAACAAUAUUUUAUCAAACUUUGGAUUAUAUUAUAUUCGCUUUUGUCCUUGGAUCGACUACUAUUACAAUAAUAGUAAUGGCAGUACUGUCGGAAACAAAAUUACCAUUACGUGGACUUUUUCCGUUCAAUGAAACGGUAUUACCAGCAUAUGCAGCAGUAUUUUACAUCCAAUCUUGGACGGUAAUGAUGUGUUCUUUAUGGAUUCUUCUAAUUGAAACAUCCGCUAUUGAGCUAAUACGAUGGAAAAAUGUGCAAUUAGUUAUAUUGCAACGUAAUUAUGAAAACUGUUGUAAUUGGAUGGAGCCUCGUGCUAAUUUUGAAAUGUCUGAUGACACAUAUGACAGAAUUAAAAACUUUUCAUUUUUUAAACUUAAAGAUGAAGAUUUUAAGAUAAAUUUGUUUGUACCGUUUGAUGAAAAUGAAGUUAACGUGAAAAACGAUUCAUUUGCUUUGAGAUAUAAAACGUGUUUGAAACAUCAUCGGAGAAUUAUCAAUCAUGUUGAGGAUUACAAUGAUUUUUUCAGUGUUUUACAAUUUUUCACAGUAUUCAUAACUUGCUUAUUCGUUUGCCUGUGCUUAUUCCAAAUUGUUGUGAAUAAACAAAGGAAAGCGGCUAUUUUAAACACUGGAAUUUUAAUGUGUUCGGAAAUGUGUCACUUGGGUUUCUGGUGUAUUUUUGGCAACUUGUUAAUGGAUGAGGCUGAAACCAUUCAUCAAUCCCAGUAUAACUCAGGUUGGGAGAAUGAACUUGGUUCAGAAGUACGUCAUCUUGUAAUAAAUUCUCUAAUCGAAAGUAAAGAGCCCCUGAAGAUUUCGGCUGGAAAAUUUUUCGUGUUAUCUUUGGCAACUUAUUUAGCAGUAAUACAAAAGUCGUAUUCAUACUUUGCGAUACUUAAUACUGUUCACAGUGAUGACGAAUAGAAAUAUGAUUACUGAAAGUAGUAUAAAAUUAUUAGCUGAAAAAAAAAUUUAUGUCUAAAAAAGUGUCCAAAAAAUGAAUUUAAUAAUAAUAUGUGUAAAAGCCCAUAACAUAAGCUCGCAUGAGAACGUAUGUAUGUGAAUAAUAUAUAUGCAUAAACGAGAAUAUGUCAAUUAGAGUUACAGAUAACUUUAGACAUAAAACCAUAUAACAACUCAAAUAAAUUGUGAAGCAUAUGAAUAUAUAUGAUUAUGAAUUAUAAAAUAAAUGCAUACAAUAUUACUCGAAAUAUCAAAUAUAGGUGGAUAUGUGUGUAAACAUAUGUAUAAAAUGUCCAUCGAGAUAAAUCUCAAAUUUUUUUGUAAAUUUCACAUAUAUUAUUGUAAGUUUUCGAACAAAACAAAAAGUGUGGAAAUACUUCACGUAGAGAAGACCGGGGCAUGAAGGCCCUCUCACACCGCUAAUUAUUUGUUGCGACUUUUGAGCACCAGGCACAGGUUGUUUUUAUAUACCUUAAACAAAUGCAUCAUAAGAUUGCCAUAAUUUAAGAAAAAAAAUUUCUUUGGGGCACAACAGACCCCUCCAAAAAAAAAAAAAAUUUAAUAACUGUAUUUUUAAUUUUAACUGCAUUAAAUAAAUCAUUGAUUAUCUGUAUCAAUUUUGUGGACAAAAUAAAUUUAUAUACGGGGCAGAUGCUGUGUUUUUUUAA